AUGUAUGGUGUAUGGUCGUGUAGGUAUUGUACUCUCCUCAACGAUGAUGCAUCUCUUUUCUGUGCUUCAUGUGGAUCAGAGAACACAACUUCAUCGAGUAAUUCCAUUUUACGUCCUCAACGUGGACGAUUAUUCAAAUGGCCAAAAAUCUCAUUAAGCGGUGCUUGGAAUGCAAUUGAUUCAGCUUUAAAUGAUAUCAGAACACUGCCUGCUGUCUUCAACUUAUCACGAGCUUCAUCUUCUCGUGAUCUUUCGUCAUGUCCUCCAUCACCAACACAGAUGCAACCUCCAAUGGUGCCAUGUCACGCCAUCUCGACAUCAUCGUUUCAACUGUUGCAGAAUGAUGAAAAAGAAGCUGCAUCCGAGUUUGAUCGGAUUGUUGGAUUCUGCAAAGAAAAUAACAUGCCAUUUAUCGACGAUAGUUUCCCUCAUUCGAAAAAAUCCAUUGGUAAUUUUAUUAUUGAUGAAAGAUUAAAUGGUAAAAAAAUAGAUGCGAACCAUUUUAUCUGGCUUCGACCACAAGACAUAUACACAAAGGAUGGCAGACGUUAUAGAUGGUCUGUGUUUCUGGAUCCUAAGCCAUCGGAUAUCGAACAAGGUUGCUUGGGUAAUUGUUGGUUUUUAUCAGCUCUGGCAGUUAUCGCUGAAAGACCAGAUAUUCUAGAUCAGAUUUUUCUUACAAAAACUUAUAAUCCAUGGGGUGUUUAUCAAAUACGCCUCUGUGUUGACGGUCACUGGCAGGUAAUCCUUGUUGAUGAUUUUCUUCCGUGCCAUUCUCAAACUCAUGGUCUUGCUUUUGCUGUUGGACGACGCAACCAGCUUUGGGUUCCCUUGAUUGAGAAAGCACUCGCAAAAGUACUUGGCUGUUAUGCAAAGUUACCUGCGGGACGUACAUUGGAAGGUCUCGCAAUACUUACAGGUGCACCGUGUACAUUCCUUGAUCUUGAAAAUUGUACAGACCACGAUCUUAUUUGGGCUCAGCUCCUCAGCAUGAGAGAAGCAGGUUUUAUUAUGGGUUGCAGUUGUGGUAGCGGAAGACGUUAUGUAAAUGAAGCUGAGUUUAGACGAGUAGGGUUACAAAUACGGCAUGCAUAUUCUCUGCUAGAUGUUAAAGAAUAUAACAAUCAAAGGGUUGUUCGCUUACGAAAUCCUUGGGGUUCGUUUACUUGGAAUGGACCUUGGUGUGAUACUUGGUCAGGUUGGGAUGAAACAAGUCGUCGAAUAUUGUUACCAGAUGGUCCAGAGGCAGGCGCGUUUUGGAUGCCUUUUCUAGAUUUUAUGCAACGAUUUGAUUCUGUUGAAGUGGCGAAAGUACGGUCAGCGCAGGGUUGGAAAGAAAUUCGGGUUGAUUGCUCGAUACCACAGUUCUGGGGCAAAGAAAACGUUAUAGGUUUUCAACUUCAAAUCGAAGAACCUACGGAACUGGCUAUUACCGUUUAUCAGAAAGGAUCUCGUGAUCGAUGUGAUAGUGAUAUAAUGGUAUUGCUUCAUAAAAAUAAUCCUUCCAAUAUGCAAAUAGGUGAACUUAUCGUAAGAUCAUUCCGCCGUAGUAUAGCAUUUGCGAGCACUAAAGAUGUUUUCUUGAAUGGCCCAGCUUUGUAUACUGUACUUGCUAUAUCCUUCAGUAACAUGUCAGAUCCAAUUUCAAUUCAAACGGUUGUUGCUCUUCAUAGUGCAAAAAUGGUAAUGAUGGAAGCUUACUGUUUCUCGUCAUCAGUUAUUGCACAUUCAAUGAUUGAAAUGUGUUUAAAAGAGGGUCAGAAAGCGCCGUGCUUAGAUGGUACAGUUACGCGUUAUGUAUCAAAGGACUUUGGUGGACAUAUACUGAUGGUCGAAAAUCAUCAUCACCGCCAUUUUCUACAUGUUUAUUGCGAUUGCUCACAAUCAGCUAAUGUACUUUCAACACGUGCAAGUCUUACUUCUGUAGACGUAAUACCACCAAUGCAUCGUCAGAUUUUGAUGCUGCUUACACAUUUUGAAACGACCCAAAUGUAUACCAUUCAUCAUAAUCUAAAGCAACGUCUUGCAUCAUCACGCGGCUUGCAUGAUUGGUUAUCACUUGCUCCCAGUGAAUUGUCUCUGCCCUUGUCUACAGAUCAUAUUCCACUUAUCAAAGAUCCCUGCGUGAUUUCACUUCAUAAACCUCGGAGAAUCGGGUGA